AUGUCUAGACUUCUCUCUAAGCUCUCUCCCCUUAUUCACAAGAAGAGCGUUCGUUCGUUUUCAUCGUCCAGGACUGGCCCGUGUGCUUCGAUAUGCAGCACAGUGGAACCUUCCCCAGACGGUGGAAACGUCGGAGAAGUUCUGUUGAAAGAUGGCUCGGUAGUUAUCAGCGACUUUCUAAACCCCUUUGCGUCCAAGUCACCACCACAGACGAUUCAUCUGCCUCCGUUUACUUGUCUUCCACAUUGCCAAACCCAAGUCAUGUGCAAUGUGGCAAUGUCCUCGUCUCCUGAGCCAUAUGAUGACAAAGAUUGGGUUGUCGGCAUCAAGUUCUUGGGUAAACAGCUAAGUCUCUGUAGGCCACGACGUGACUUGCGUUGGACUAACAUCUCAGUACCUUUCGAUUCAUGGGAGUACUCAAGCCUAAUGUUUUCCAAGAAAGACAAAAGAUUCUACUUGCCUGUUCCUGGAAGCAACUACUUAUGCUCAUGGGAUCUCAACUUCAAGAAAGACAGCAACCCUAAGUUCCAUGAGUUGGUCUUGCACGACCUUCCCCAUAUGCAUCGCCCCGAUGGAAACAGUUUGAUUCCUAUUCCAGGGAGGAUCACUGGGUCGAGUCACCUUCUGGCGAAUGUUUCCUUGUCAAAUGGUGCGUACACCGAAUACAAACAUACUGAUGGGUUUAUAGUGCCGACGGCAAUGGUGUUUAGAGAGGAGGACAGAAAAGAUGGGAGGAUAAACAUGCGUUACGCUGAGGACCUUGGAGAUAAUGGCAUUUUCAUUUCAAAGGCAGAGGAUUUCUGCGUGGCCACAAGCUCUAACCGUGGGUACACCAGACAAGAUUCCUUACUCCCCAUAUUGGCUUACUCCGUUUUCUUCUACCUAGCGCGUUCAUGA